AGAAGACGCACGGGCGGGCUCGGCUCUCCCGGGGAGCGGCCCGGGACUGCACCCGGACCGGCGCCUCCCCGCUCCGCGCUGCCCUCGGCCUCGCCCCGGGCCCGGGCGGAUGAGCCGCGCGCCCGGGGGACAUGGAAGCGCUGACGCUGUGGCUUCUCCCCUGGAUAUGCCAGUGCGUGUCGGUGCGGGCCGACUCCAUCAUCCACAUCGGUGCCAUCUUCGAGGAGAACGCGGCCAAGGACGACAGGGUGUUCCAGCUGGCCGUAUCAGACCUCAGCCUCAACGAUGACAUCCUGCAGAGCGAGAAGAUCACCUACUCCAUCAAGGUCAUCGAGGCCAACAACCCGUUCCAGGCCGUUCAGGAAGCCUGUGACCUCAUGACCCAGGGGAUUUUGGCCUUGGUCACGUCCACUGGCUGUGCGUCUGCCAACGCCCUGCAGUCACUCACAGAUGCGAUGCAUAUCCCACACCUCUUUGUCCAGCGCAACCCAGGGGGGUCUCCGCGCACUGCCUGCCACCUGAACCCCAGCCCUGACGGUGAGGCCUACACGCUGGCCUCCAGACCGCCCGUGCGCCUCAAUGACGUCAUGCUCAGGCUGGUGACAGAGCUGCGCUGGCAGAAGUUUGUCAUGUUCUACGACAGCGAGUAUGAUAUCCGUGGGCUCCAAAGCUUUCUGGAUCAGGCCUCGCGGCUGGGCCUUGACGUCUCUUUGCAAAAGGUGGACAAGAACAUUAGCCACGUGUUCACCAGUCUCUUCACCACGAUGAAGACAGAGGAGCUGAACCGCUAUCGGGACACACUACGCCGAGCCAUCCUUCUGCUCAGCCCGCAGGGGGCCCACUCCUUCAUCAAUGAGGCCGUAGAGACCAAUCUGGCUUCCAAGGACAGCCACUGGGUCUUUGUGAAUGAGGAAAUCAGCGACCCAGAGAUCCUGGAUCUGGUGCACAGCGCCCUUGGCAGGAUGACUGUGGUCCGGCAGAUCUUCCCAUCUGCAAAGGACAACCAGAAAUGCAUGAGGAACAACCACCGCAUCUCCUCCCUGCUCUGUGACCCCCAGGAAGGCUACCUCCAGAUGCUGCAGAUCUCCAACCUCUACCUGUAUGACAGUGUCCUAAUGCUGGCCAAUGCCUUCCACCGGAAGCUGGAGGACCGGAAGUGGCAUAGCAUGGCGAGCCUGAACUGUAUACGCAAGUCCACCAAGCCAUGGAAUGGAGGAAGGUCCAUGCUGGACACGAUCAAAAAGGGCCACAUCACUGGCCUCACAGGGGUGAUGGAGUUUCGGGAGGACAGCUCGAAUCCCUACGUCCAGUUUGAAAUCCUCGGCACAACCUAUAGUGAGACCUUUGGCAAAGACAUGAGGAAGUUGGCGACGUGGGACUCAGAGAAAGGUCUGAAUGGCAGCCUGCAAGAGAGGCCCAUGGGCAGCCGCCUCCAAGGACUGACUCUCAAAGUGGUGACUGUCUUGGAAGAGCCUUUCGUGAUGGUGGCUGAGAACAUCCUUGGACAGCCCAAGCGCUACAAAGGGUUCUCCAUAGAUGUCCUGGAUGCAUUGGCCAAAGCUCUGGGCUUCAAAUAUGAGAUUUACCAAGCCCCCGAUGGCAGGUAUGGUCACCAGCUCCAUAACACCUCCUGGAACGGAAUGAUCGGGGAGCUCAUCAGCAAGAGAGCAGACUUGGCCAUCUCUGCCAUCACGAUCACCCCAGAGAGGGAGAGCGUUGUGGACUUCAGCAAGCGGUACAUGGACUAUUCAGUGGGGAUCCUAAUCAAGAAGCCCGAGGAGAAAAUCAGCAUCUUCUCUCUUUUUGCUCCAUUUGAUUUUGCUGUCUGGGCCUGCAUUGCAGCCGCCAUCCCUGUGGUGGGUGUGCUCAUAUUUGUGCUGAAUCGGAUACAGGCCGUGAGGGCUCAAAGUGCUGCCCAGCCCCGACCAUCCGCUUCGGCCACCUUGCACAGUGCCAUCUGGAUAGUCUACGGCGCCUUCGUACAGCAAGGUGGCGAAUCCUCAGUGAACUCCAUGGCCAUGCGCAUCGUGAUGGGCAGCUGGUGGCUCUUCACCCUCAUUGUGUGCUCCUCCUACACGGCGAAUCUUGCUGCAUUCCUCACCGUGUCCAGGAUGGACAACCCCAUAAGGACAUUCCAGGACCUCUCCAAACAAGUUGAUAUGUCUUACGGUACUGUCCGGGAUUCUGCUGUGUAUGAGUACUUCCGAGCCAAGGGCACCAACCCCCUGGAACAAGACAGCACAUUUGCUGAACUCUGGAGGACCAUCAGCAAGAACGGAGGGGCUGACAACUGUGUGUCCAGUCCUUCGGAAGGCAUCAGGAAGGCAAAGAAGGGGAACUACGCCUUUUUGUGGGAUGUGGCAGUGGUGGAGUACGCAGCCCUAACAGAUGAUGACUGCUCUGUGACUGUCAUUGGCAACAGCGUCAGCAGCAAGGGCUACGGGAUCGCCCUGCAGCACGGCAGCCCCUACAGGGACCUCUUCUCCCAGAGGAUCCUGGAGUUGCAGGACACUGGGGACCUGGACGUGCUCAAGCAAAAGUGGUGGCCUCACAUGGGCCGCUGUGAUCUCACCAGCCACGCCAGUGCCCAGGCCGACGGCAAAUCCCUCAAGCUGCACAGCUUCGCUGGGGUCUUCUGCAUCCUGGCCAUCGGCCUCCUCCUGGCCUGCCUGGUGGCCGCCCUGGAGUUGUGGUGGAACAGCAACCGGUGCCACCAGGAGACCCCCAAAGAGGACAAAGAAGUGAAUUUGGAGCAGGUUCACCGGCGCAUGAACAGUCUAAUGGAUGAAGACAUUGCUCACAAGCAGAUUUCCCCAGCGUCCAUUGAGCUUUCGGCCCUGGAGAUGGGGGGCCUGGCUCCCAGCCAAGCCUUGGAGCCGACGCGAGAGUACCAGAACACACAGCUCUCGGUCAGCACUUUUCUGCCAGAGCAAAGCAGCCACGGCCCCAGCCGGACACUCUCGUCAGGGCCUAGCAGCAAUCUGCCGCUGCCCCUCAGCAGCUCGGCCACCAUGCCCUCCAUGCAGUGCAAACACAGGUCGCCCAAUGGGGGGCUAUUCCGCCAGAGCCCGGUGAAGACCCCCAUCCCCAUGUCCUUCCAGCCUGUGCCGGGAGGCGUCCUUCCAGAGGCCUUGGACACCUCCCAUGGCACCUCCAUCUGACCGCGCCGCCUGCCCUCCCGCCCGCCCAUCCACCCACCCGACCAGCAGAGCUUUUUAAUACAAGAAAACAACAACACAAACCACACACACGUGCACACACACACACACACACACACACACAAAGACUCUUUCAUUUUUCUUGUACAUAUGUGUAAAUAAUGACAGAAUGGAGUGGGGUAAAAGUGUAUUUUGAAUAUUCCCAAUUUUCGAAGUCAGUAAAAAAAAACACACAAAAACUGUAUGAAUGACUUUGUAAAUUUUGUUCUAUAUGAAUAAAAAGGCAAAUUACUUGUGAUCAUUCUGAAGUGCCAAAGAAGCCCCCUGUUCCUGGGCCUUUCUGAAGGCAGGAGGGGUGAUCAGAUAAGGAGCCCCUUCCUGCCGGGGGAGAGGGGAAGAUAAGCAGCCAGUCCCUUUAGAGGAGCCCCCAAAUGCUGCUUGUUGCCAUGUCCCAUGGUUUCCUGCCAAGUUCCUCUGCUCCUGGCCCUUGGUUCCUCUUUAAUCCUCUCGGGUAGAUAAACAGUGAGCCAGCAUUGGUCUGACCCCAGGCCACGGGGCUAUACGGUGAUCAGCUGUUCCUGUCAGCCUGGGACUUAGGAGACUUCUGGGACCUGGGGAGUCCUCUUGUUCACCCACAGCAUGAUGCAGUGUGCAGUGGGCCCAAGAGAAGCACCCACCAUGAGGAGGCCAUCUCUGAGGGCUUUGAUGCUGACAUGCUCUAGGGUCAUACUAUUGGCCUUGUGUUUUUUUGCUUUCUUUUCCUAAUUAGAAGAAUCAACAAGUGAUAGAAUGUGGGAGAAGGCAGGUAGGCUCCAUCAUUGCCUUGGGAGGCUUGGCAGUGGUGGGCUUGUCCUUGCCCAUGGGAAUAGAGAAAUGCUAGCUAUAGUGUGUGGACCAGGUGAGGCAGUGAGACCAGGCAGAGGGAGAAUAACCCCUGGGAUUUGUGACCUGUGGUUUCGGGUCAAAGGGUUAUGGUGGAGGAGUGGAGGGAGGUGCCCUAGGUGAGCAGACCAGUACUCUAGGCGGUGGGCAGUGCUGGAAAGAGUUUGUUCAGAUAGGAAGGAGCCUUGGCUCCUAGAGAAGGAGCAGCAGAACUUGGUGUGAUGUAAACACAAGUAACUCUUCAUCACCCAGGGAAGUAACUCCAGAAUUAAAAGGAUGUCUCCAGGUCUGAAACCCUGCAGGCAGUCUGCAAAAUGGGGCCAGAACACAGUGUGAGGCCUUACUCCCUGCUUUGCCCCCUUCUCCAGACAAGAAGCCUUCAAGCGGUGAUCCAGCCAAUAGGCAGGGGCCCCUCUCACUGAGAUUCCCAGGAUUAUCCCCAAACUAAGGAACCUACUGGUAGCUCUGUUCCUUAAGGCUAAGACAGCUAGAUAGCCACGCCUCCCUCCCUUGUCUUUCUUGGGACAAUUAAACCUUAGAACCAGACAAAGAACCAGUAGGAGCAGAGCAGUUUGAGUAAUCUGAGCUGACGACAAAGGUGAUUCUGCUCUCCUAACCUGCCAGGAUGGUGCACACAGCCCACAUUGGGCACCAAGAGGGCUGGGCUCCCCUCCCCAUCCCUGGCUGGGCAGUCAUCAGGGAGCUGAGAGCCCAUCUGUGGUCAUGGGACAAUACAAAGGCUAUUGACUGCAUCUCCUAUAGCCUUGUAGAGUUGCUCCAGAGGUGUAUUUAUGAGGGUGAUAACUAGCCCCGGAUUGAUUUCUUUCCUGAAGUCCUGACUGACAUGAUUGAGCAGAAAGGAACGGCUGCAUCACAUAGUCAGCUAAAAGCACCCUGGAGAGGAGAGUGUUUAUAAUUAUGUUAUUUAUCUCUGGAUGCUGAGAAUGGCCUGAUGUUAGCGCUACCCAGGCAAUCCAUUGACAUUUCUCCAAUCAGAGCGUGGAGAACCAGGAGCUGGGUGCAUGCGCAUAGUGAAGCCUAGGUGGGCGACAGUUACCCUGAGGAAGAGCAGGCUUCAUUUUCUUUCCAUCAGCACUUUGGGGGGCCCUGCCCUGGAUGGUCAGUUUUUCAUAUAUAUCUAUUUUUUUAAUCAAAUUCUGGUCUCACUGCCUUAUCUCACUCCCAAGUCUGUUUUUUCCUGAGAUGAUCUGUCUUCUGGGGUACACCAUGGAUGUCUUCUUGGACAGCUUUGCUUAGAGUGGGUGUAAGGGAGAGGAGAGAGAUGGCAGGUGUAUGUGUGUGUGUGUGCAUGUGUGUGUGUGUGUGUGUGUGGGUGGGUGUGUGUGGGUGUGUGCAUGUGUGUGUGUGUGUGUGUGAGAGAGAGAGAGAGAGAGAGAGAGAGAGAGAGAGAGUAUACCUUUGAGGAAAAGGCAUCCUGCUUAUUGAAAAAAAAAACCCUUAACACCUCAUGGUGUUAUUUAUUCUUCACCAUGUUUAUGUUAUUUUUUAAAUUUCCUACCCUUGGCAUGAGGGGAAAUGAUUGAUAUUCAAGUAAGUUCUCAAAAAAAAAAUCCCAACUCAGAUUUCUGUGUCAGCUCAGAAUGUAUCUUUUUUUCAUGCUUUGCUCUUUGGAUUUAUAACUCUGUUUAGACUAUUCCAUACAUUUUAGGUAUAUUUUGUGCCUUCAGACACUGCAAAUAAUAAUCAGCAUUUGGAUUAAAGUUGUUUAAUAAUAAAACUUGACUUUGCUCCCUA